GGACAUAAUGUAAGAAAGUGUCCCAAUCCACCUUUUCUUCCAAGACAACCAGAUAUGGAUAAUUUCAAAGUUGGGAGAGGGCAAAAAGGUGGGAGAGGGCGAUCCAUUGAACCCCAAACAGCUAAAACAAGACCAAAGGUUAUAGUUCACCUCAUGAACCAAUCAACUUGUUAUCUCCUUGCAUUACCUAGUGGUUUUUUCUAAUUAUUUUUCACCAACAGAGGGCAAUCCACAAUUCUACUUGUAAAUAGCUGAACCAUAGUGCAAGAAGUUGUCCAAUCAAGGAAGGAAUUCAAGUACGAAUAUAUUUGUUGCAAUCUACUUCCCGAUUUUGCCUUUUAAUUCUCGCGUAUGUAAUGAUGAUUGAGUUUGGUUGGUUGGUUGUCUAGCAUGCCAGAAUUGAGGUUUGGGAUAGGAACCAAAUUGCCAGAGAUGGCAGAACUGAUCUAGGUGGGAUUGUCAUAUAUACAAAUGUUACGAGAUCGGGCCAUCGUAGCAUUUAGUAGGAGACUGGGCUUGCAUAUCUUUAGUAUUUUAUUAUUAUUACAUUAUUGGGCUAUUAUUAUUAUUGUCUUUAUUAUUGUUUUCCUUGUUUGUAUAGGAUUUGGUUAUUUGUUAGUAAUAUCCUUAGAGGUUUAAGGGAACGACUACGGUGCUAAUUGUACAAUAGUCAGCACCGUCCUAACCAAGGGAAAAACUACUACUAGUUUGAAUUAGUAGUGAUUUAGCUUAGAUGUUGUAUUGAUUUUAUAAUAAUCCGUAGUGAUUUUUGCUAGUUAUCACGGUGCUAACCCCUAUAAGAGUUAGCACCUAAUCCCAUCCCGAGGUUUAAGAGUCAUAAUCUAGAUAGGUAAAGGUUGAGGCUUUGUGCCUAAAAAUAUGUACUUGGUCUUUCAUUUAAUGGAUAAGAAGAUUGGAACCCAAACCUUUAGCUUUCAUUUGUUAUUUGCUAUUUCCUUUGAAAGUUCUUUGUGUUUUAUUCCUUUUACGAGAAAACCCUAAAAACGACACCCCCUACAUCACAUUAGCGUAAACAGUUGGUAUCCACUAUCCAGAGCCCGGCUCUCGGGAUGUCGAGUAAGCAACAACAACCAUCAAAAUCCAGGGGAGCGGACGGCAGCAGCGGUGAUGGGUCAGAACCUAAUCACCCCAGUCGCAACCGCACACCAUGGAGGAGCGGAUUGGGAGCGUGGAGGGUCGGCUCAAUCAUUUGAUCCAGAAGCUCACCGACGUCACAAAGUUGAUGGCUGAUGGCUGGAACCCAAUAGUUGGGACUUUGAUUACUAGGCCGAUACAGUCCAUGGUUGGACCCGAGGUGGGUGUGAACCCCAGUUUGGGGCAACUAACGGGCGGGAACGGAGGAUCGGGACCCAUGACCAUCUAGGCCGGGUUUCCAGGUGUAGGGGAAGGUCCGCCAUGGUUGGGCUUUUAACACGUCAAUGGAGGAAUGGGCUCAACAAGCAAUUGGGACGGAGCAAGUGGAACAGGGGCCCAAGGAGGACAUGGCAACAAGGCCCAAGGAGGAAGAAGCGGCGGACAGGGAGAGAGCGGGAUGGUCGAUGACGGAUUAGGCUGGAAUCUGCAACCUGGCUUGGGUAGUACGUCUGUGCUGCCAACCGGGCCGACAGGAAUGGGCAUGGGCCUCAAUUGGUGACAGAUGCCUAGCGGGGGAGUCGGGCCCGUGGCCGUCUGGGCCGGGACCACACGCGCAGAGCACUAGCUAGCAAGGAGUGGGCCUGCCGCGAGUGGGGGACUGCGUCUGAAGUUGGAAAGGCGAAUAUGGGACCGAGCGGCAGAAAAGAGGAGAAAGCAGGUGGUUCAAACCUGGAAUUCCCCAAAUACAAGGGCAAUGAAGAUCCAUCCGGGUGGUUCGCAAGAGUGGAGCAGUUUUUUCGGUUUCAGGAAACACCCGAAGAAAACAAGGUGGCUCUUGCGUCAUACCACAUGGAGGGAGAUGCGAAUCAGUGGUGGCAGUGGCUGGAUCGCACAUAUGCCACAUCGGGGCUGCCGAUCACAUGGGCGAGGUUUAGGGAGGAGCUAUGGGCUCGAUUUGGCCUAGCAUAAGGAGCAUCUAUGAUAUGAUCCCAAUUGGAUCAAUCCACAAUUCACGAUUACUUGUUAAAGAAGCUAUCUCACCUCACUUAAAGAAUUCUGAUUUUUGGUUGUGUUGAAACAGUUUCAGAUAGCCUACUUUGGAAGCUUGUAUCUCACAAAUGGCUCAAUGGAAAUUGGAGAUCAAGAGCUUGUUUUACAGAUAAAGUUGCCAUGUUUUCAAUGGUAUGCUUUUUGGAUCCAUAUGAUGUCAUUAAGGUUGUUUUCCAUGGCCUCAAAAUUGCUACCUCAAAACUGGAAAACUGCCUGAAAAUGGCUAAGGCAGAAAACUGUUUUGUGAAGCCUACUUUAGAGCUCAAUUCAAGGAGCAUGGAGGGGAUUCAAGUCAAAGGACUUCCACGACAUGAAACUAGGUAUGUUAAUGUACAAAGGGAAGGAAUUGGAUGAAGGAUUGGAGUUCGGGAAGGCCUCGAACGAAAGGCAUGAAGUUAGUACGAAAACUGCCUUUUAACUGUCUUGCUGGCAGCUUACUUGUGCGCCAAGAAAGGAAGUUUGUUGCCGCGUUUUGUACUGUUUUAAGAGUUUGUUUUCACCUUAAUUGUUUCCUAGUUACAUUAGUCUUGUAUUAGGUUUUAUUGGCUAUAAAUAGCCUUCUAUUUUCGUUAUAAAAUUAAGAGUUGAUUGAAUUGAAUACAAACCGAGUGUUUGAGUUCUUGAGUUGUGUCUCGAGAGUUUACCCAUUGUCAUUAGCUAUGAGUGGAUUGCUUAGCUAAUUACAAGACCCUUGUGAAGCUAUUCUGAGUGGAAUCCAGAAUCGUUUAGCAAGUUCUCUUAUUAAUCGAUAAAUCACCUCGAUUGUGGCGAGAAUUCUACCUAUCCAUCAUCUAUCGUUCGAUUGUUUGUGUGAGCUGCGUAUUCUGAUCAAAAGCACCCCCCCUGGUGCUUUAUCAUCUAGCCACGAGACUCUCGCCAAAAUUAAGCAUAUUGGAUCAUUAAACGACUAUUUAUUGGCAUUUGAAAAGCUGGGCAAUCGUUGUUUUGGGUGGACGGAAGAAGCCUUGGUGGGAUCAUUCAUUGGAGGACUUAAACCAGAGAUAUCUUAUGCGAUUCGAAUGUUCCGACCAGAAAUGGUGUGGGAGGCUAUUCGUCCUGCCAACAUAAAUAAUGAAAAACUAAGAAAGCAUCGACCAAUGGUUAGAGGAGCACCACGACAAGGGAUGGAGGCUGGGUCAUCAUCGACGGUUACACCAACACCACCGACACCACCUCGACAACCAACGGCAUGGCGAAUGUCGCCAUAAGAAGUCGCUCGAUGACGCGCACAAGGAUUAUGUUUCCACUGCGAUGAGCGCUUCACCAUUGGUCAUUGUUGCGCCAAUAACAACGUCCUUCUUAUGAUUGGCGCAUGCGGUGAAGGCGAGGAUGGCACGUUCAUCGAGGAGGAAGACCAACCUUGAGGGCAAGGUUGUGAUCAAGGAGGGAGGGAUGUUACGAGAUCGGGUCAUCGUAGCAUUUCGUAGGUGAUUGGGCUUGCGUAUCUUUAGUAUUUCAUUAUUAUUAUAUUAUUGAGCUUUUAUUAUCAUUGUUUUCCUUGUUCGUAUAGGAUUUGGUUAUUUAUUAGUAAUAUCCUUAGAGGUUUAGGAGUCAUAAUCUACAUAGGUAAAGGUUGAGGCUUUGUGCCUAUUAAUAUGUACUUGGUCUUUCGUUUAAUGGAUGGGAAGAUUGGAGCCCAAACCUUUAGCUUUCGUUUGAUAUUUGCUAUUUCCU